AUGGAUCAACCACGACGGUCUGCCCAACCUGGACUCGAGGUCACGUCACACUACGACACCACUCCAGUAACUCUCGAGGCCCAUCACUGGACAUCACCAUCACAGAACGGUUCGGCUCCAAGUAACGACACAUCUCACGAGCAGAAGAUACUAGCGGGUCAUGGGUACGAAUCAACGGGACACAACAACGGACAUACGGGCGCAUACUACCAGAACGAAGCAGGAAACACACCUCAAGACAAGGCAAAGCGCAGAAGGCCUUGGCUGCUCAUCGUACUCGGCGGAGUGUUGACGUUCGUUCUUGCAGGUGUUGUAGGCGGUAUAGCAGGCUGGAAGAUCACAUCCAACCAGAACCAAGAGCCAGCGCCAACUGUCCCGGGCUCUGACGGCAGCACGCCAUCGACGAGCGCAACCAAGAUAGUACCGAAUUCAGGGCUCGCAGCUGUUGGUUAUCGUUAUGGGACUGACAUAACCCUGCAAGUCUGGUUUCAGGGACCGGACUCUUUGUUGAGACGGUUGCAGUACAUGAGCAUCUACCAAAACUGGACUGCACCAUUGGAGGUCGACGCAGCUCCCAAGGUGGGCUCGCCCUUUGGGGCUAGUCAGUUCUGGACGAAGCCAGAUGAACCACUUCCGGUCAUCCCCCAAGCCGAGCUGUUUUACAUUGGAUCAGGGGAAAAGAUAUUGGGCGUGAACUGGCGAGAAGGGUUCACACGUGGAGGCCUGAGCGACAGCGUUAACCAGGGAGGGUGGACAGUUGGCAACACUGGCACCCAGAUGGCUGCUUACUGGCCCUCAACCAUUCUUCAGGCUUCCAAUGGGGAUGUUAUGGAAGUCUUUUUCAACUAUAAGUCGCCGGGGUUUCAAGAGCCCAAGAGAGUCGGUAUCACGGCUUCCCCCGGCUCAGCGCUGGCCAUUUUGCCCCGAGAAACUACCCACUCCGCUGGCGAUCAGACCGCAGCGUCUAGUGCGCGUAUCAUCUACCGCGAUACUACCGGACGCCUCAAGAACUUUGACCGAUCCUCAGGCGGUCAGUCUCUCACCUCUUCGGGCGAGAUUCCCGUGACAGUCGACUCAAACUUUACAAUGGCUGCCUUCGCAGUCGCGAGGGGUGACGUAGGGGGGCAGAAGUCAACGGCCGUCAACACGUGGAUCUUAUAUCAGGACUCCAAGACUGGAAAGAUCUCAUACGUAUAUGAGAACGACUCUGAGGGGUGGAAAGGCCCAGAGACGGAUCCGGUAUUUGAAGGAGCUGAUAGCCCAACCCACCUCGCAUGCGUCACGGCUGCAUCAUCCACAAUUCCCGAGGUCCCGUUGGAGGCGGCCCACGAUAUGAGCCAUUGCUUCUUUCAAUCCGGACGCAAGUUGAAACAUGUCCACUUUGAUGGUAGUUCGUGGACGGACAUGGGCUUCAUUCCCAUCCCUUGA